AGAUCUUUAGUAAAGCCCCCAAAUUCAUAUUUUGAAAUAUAUCUGUUAUUUCAAUUUUAAGUGCCUAUAUAUCCAAUAGCUGUGGUUAUUUAAAUAUUUAGAAGAAAAUAUUUAAUGUACUAACUUUAGUUAAAUACUGACUUACAGGAAUGAAUAUUUUAAAGUGCGAGACUAACAAGGAACUCUUCACAAAGAAGGUUAUAAACGUCUAUGUCAAAAUGACAAGCAAACACACACUGAUCAAGACAGAAAAUAUGAAUUGUCAUCUUUGAAGGUAUAAAUUAAAACAAGAUGGACAAUAUAUUGGUUGGGAUCCUGUCUUCUGCACAUCCAGACAGCUUGAAGAAGCAGCUGAUCCAGAAGAUAGCUACUCGAGGUUCUCAGCCACAACCCGUUAAAGUCAUACAGUCUGUUCUGGAGUUAAUGUCUAAAUGGUAUCUGGAGGGAGACUCUGACGUAGCUCUCAGUGAGGGGUUAUCUGUGUACAAGCUAUGGGCCAAAUACAAUUUGUCUGUCUUUGAGGAAUAUUUCAAUCGUCAGUUCCUGCUAACUCUCUUGUCCAGUACCUAUAGAAAUGAAGCUAAUGCAGUCACCCUUCUCCAUGAGAGUAUGAUUCUGCUGCAGUGCUCUUCAGUAUGUAGCAGUCACAUGCAGGUCAUUGAAGCCAAGGCCAUCAGCUACGUCAGGGAACAUCCUUCCCUCCCGUGUAUUUCUAACUUUGUUAAGUUUCUGAAGGAGUUCCGCUCCUGUAUACCUAAAGGAGAUUUUACUGGACGCUUUUGUGUCUCUCUUAUAGAUGCACUUAGCAUCUGUUCUGUUCCCGAUAACCAUGAAGAUGUUCAUCAAUAUGUGCUGGGGGCAGAAGAUAUCUCUUGCCUGAUAAAAGAUAUUUGGGACAAGACUGACUCGGAAGUGGUGAUGAUGUCACUGAAAGCAAUCUUUGGUAUAAUAUCCUCCGUUGAUGAAGCUGGUGUGGAGCCAUCUUUCUGUCUUGGAGCUCUCGCCCAGCACAUACCAACAGAAAUGUUAAAGGUUGUUGUGAAGUUCACGAUUAACAAUCCGGCCAUAGAUAAUUUCAGUAUGACAGCCGCCCUUCAGAGGAUCGUGGAUUGGUUACAGUGGCCCACAGCCAGAAACAUUGACCAAUGGAUCAUAGCGUUCCUAAAGGGUUUGGCAGCAGUGAAACGAUACAGUAUUCUGAUCAGUGUUACAGAGUCAAAGAUUGAACAGGUGUUUGAGAAAGUGACGUUCCCUUUUGUUCGUAAUUCUGCCAUCAAUGUUUUGUCACACAUGUUGUUCAGCUUUCAACAUUCUCCAGAGCCAUUCCACAAGAUACUUCCUUUGAUCCCAGUGAUAUACAGGAAGUUAAAACAGGAGAGAUCUACGGAGGCUGUACACGCCCUGAGUAGGCUAGCUGAUGUGGUACACUGCUGUAUGUACCUCCACGCUGGAUACCCAGACCUCUACGAUUCUGUGCUGGUGCUUUUUAAGGACUAUCCAAAACCUGAUGCUGAUUCUAUGAGAACCAAGUUGGAUGAAAACAAGUGGACAGCUCAGAAAUCAGACAGUUCUAAUUAUUUAUCAAAAGUCACACAGAAAUCUGAAACUGGGAAAACAGGGCUCUUCAACCUGGGGAACACCUGUUUCCUGAACAGUGUAAUACAGACCCUGUUUAUGUGUGAUGAUUUUAGGAGGGCAGUUUUAGCACAUGGUCCAUCUCCACAUCAACCCCUGAUGGUAAAGCUGCAGUACGUCUUUGCAUUUCUCAGUCAUACACAGAGACCUGCCUAUGCACCAAUGACGUUUCUUAGGACAGCCCGACCCCCCUGGUUCACUGCAGGUCAUCAGCAGGACUGCUCCGAGUUCCUUAAAUACCUCAUUGAUCAGCUGCAUGAACAGGAAGUGAUUGAUCUGAAAAAGGAGAUCGAGGAUAAUUGUGGCAAAAAGGAUAAAGAUGGAGACGUUAACAUGGCAACCGGCCAAAACAAAUCGGAUGAAGAUUUUGAAACAACUGUUCGUGAACACUUUGGUGGAAAAAUGGUUACAACAUAUACAUGUUUGAAUUGCAUGAAGGAGUCCUCAAGGAUGGAACAUUUUUCAGAUAUCCCUCUGGCAUUUCCCGAUACAGAAGGUUCUGGUGAUGGGAUGGCAUUAGUAGGUGGUGAUGGGGAGAAGAUUUCCAAAACGGGAGAGGAUCCGGAGUCGCCACCGAAGUCCUCCCCUACCACUGCCAAGUCAUCUCCGCAGCCUAAGUCAGAGGCAGUAAAACAAUUACAUCUGAGUGACCUACUUCAGUAUUACCUACAGCCAGAGAAACUGACAGGGGACAACAAGUAUCACUGUGAUAAGUGUGGAGGACUGCAGGAUGGAGAGAGGAAACUCAAGGUGCUGAAGGCACCAGACCAUCUUAUCCUCACACUGCUCAGGUUCUCCUAUGAUGUUAAGCUCCAGACAAGGUCAAAGACAUUCCAGGAGGUCAAAUAUCCUAGAACUUUAAUCCUUCCAGUGGAAAAUUCACCAGUUUCCCAAAAGGAGGAUGUCAAUAAAAGGAAGUCGUUACGUAGUGCGGUGACGGGACAGAUAGAACAAUGUGGGGUUAAUGUGAACACCAAACGAGGUGAGGUGUACGGACUGUGUGGAGUGGUGGUCCACUCCGGGACAUCCUCCGACUGUGGUCACUACUACUCCUAUGCACGCCACUCUAUUUUCUGUGAUCCUGAUACAAUCUGUGAUAGCCUUCACCACUGCAAGAGCGAAGACGACGUGGACUUUUUACAGGACAAGUGGUAUUUAUUCAAUGACAACCGUGUCUCCCAUGCAAGCUAUAGCUCCUUCUGUGAUGUUACGCAGAGAUUUACAAAAGACACUGCGUAUGUUUUGUUCUACAAAAGGAUUGAUACGAAAAAUGCAGAGAAACAGGAACUGAAUAUGAAUAAAUCUCUUCAGGCUAAGGAUGUUGACCCUCCACUCCGUUCAGACCUCAGAAUUGCUCUCAGUAAAGAUAAUGCUAUGUUCUUACAGGAACAAGAAACCAUAGCAAGAAAGAAAAGCCAGUUAAAGAGGCCUGGCUCAGCGAGCUCUUCCUCCUGGUUUAAUUGGCAGAGAAGAGACGAAGAUGAUGAACCACCGGGAAGCUGUGGGGGUGGGGGAGGGGGCAAGUAUGGGGACCUAGACACAUCAGGGGCAAAGUUCAUAUUCUGAAAUGGUCAUACGUGAUCGGUGUUAAUCUAUUGCAAGCAUUACUGAUGUUCUUGAGCAAAGAAGAGUUCAGAGAGUGACAGAUAAUAACACUUAUUGUGAUGGAAUAUCUACAUGUUAAAUUCUGUCUGUUCAUCACUUAUUGUGAUGGAAUAUCUACAUGUUAAAUUCUGUCUGUUCAUCACUUAUUGUGAUGGAAUAUCUACAUGUUAAAUUCUGUCUGUUCAUCACUUAUUGUGAUGGAAUAUCUACAUGUUAAAUUCUGUCUGUUCAUCACUUAUUGUGAUGGAAUAUCUACAUGUUAAAUUCUGUCUGUUCAUCACUUAUUGUGAUGGAAUAUCUACAUGUUAAAUUCUGUCUGUUCAUCACUUAUUGUGAUGGAAUAUCUACAUGUUAAAUUCUGUCUGUUCAUCACUUAUUGUGAUGGAAUAUCUACAUGUUAAAUUCUGUCUGUUCAUCACUGUCAAUGAAAAGGAAGAUUUUUACACCUGACGUACGGAGUAGGUUGUUGUUGAUGUACUAGAAUAUUCAUUUUUAAUUGCAAGAUAUACACAAGCAUGUAUGCUUUUGUUUUACAUCUUAAUUGACAAACACUACUAGACUUUUGACAAUGUUGUAGCACACUGGAAUCUUGUUAGUCCAGAUUGUCAAAGUGAUUUACCAGACAGUCAAAAAACAAAGGGAAACUACUUACCUACAUAGAGACAAUUCUUGUUUUGUUAAUCUGGAAAUUUUGUUGUGGUGGUGAAGUGGUUAAAAAUGUACACUUUCUUUUUUUAAUAAAAAGCUUCUACUCCUAUAAAAGAGACCUGGAUAGAUUUUUAUAUCUGAAGGUUGUAAUUACUGGACUCGAUCAAAUUUACCAGCAGGUAUACGUAGCUGUAAUACUCAUUCCGAAAUACAAGUUACAGGAAAUCUUGAUCACGGUGUGUUCAGAGGUUCUCCUGGUUAAUUAUUUCACAGACUUCUUAGAUCUGAUUUAAGUCUGUGUUUCUAUUUAAUAUGAAGGAAACUUGCUUGAAACAAAUUUGAGAUAAUUUUGAUUAAUGUUGAUAUAUUAUUAUCACUGUACAUUGUGUCUUCAAAUGUUUGAGUUUGAAUUCCAUUGAUGUGGUGACAUGGCUGUAACCAGAGGUGCUAACACUUACCACAUUGUCAUGUUGCUGAAGUUUGAUAUAUUUACACUUGUUGCCUAUAAGAGCAUUUACAGAAAUGAUACGAAAUCUGUUUUUUCUUCUUUCAUAUUAUGAUAAGAAUUACAAUAGAUUUUAAAUGUAUCUCCAUUUUUAUUUGUUUCAUCCAGUGAAAAGUGCUCUCCUCUUUUUUUAUAUUUAUACUUGAUAACAUUUGUGUACGAAAAUUAUGUUACAUGCUGAAAUAUUAAAACAAAAAUGUACCCUGCUUUAAUGUUGCAAACUUGAUAUUUCAUUGGUAUAUAUUUUAAUAAUCAUGUCUCAUUUUGGUAUUACCAAGUAAUGGCCAAUCAACAAGGUGAGGGUGAGUAAAUUAUGUCAUGUGUACCACUUACAGGUUCUUAUAUAGCUAAGUUAAGUCAUGUGUACCUCUUAGUGAUUCCUAUAGCUUAGCUAAGGCAUGUGUACCACUUAAGGUUUCUAUAGCUAAAGUAAGUCAU